CCAGUAGCCUCUCCCCCAAACCAUACAAACCUCACUCCAGAGGCGAAAGGAGCAACAAGAUCAGCCGCCACCAUGGUGAAGUACUCGAGAGAGCCUGACAACCCCACCAAGUCCUGCAAGGCAAGGGGCUCUGAUCUCAGGGUUCACUUUAAGAACACAAGGGAGACAGCCCAUGCCAUCAGGAAGUUGCCUUUGACCAAGGCUAAGAGGUAUUUGGAAGAUGUUAUGGCCCACAAGCAAGCAAUACCCUUCCGUCGUUACUGUGGUGGGGUAGGACGUACCGCACAGGCUAAGAACAGGCAUUCAAAUGGUCAAGGUCGCUGGCCAGUCAAAUCUGCCAAGUUUAUACUAGAUUUGCUGAAGAAUGCUGAAAGCAAUGCAGAGGUGAAAGGUUUAGAUGUUGAUGUGCUCUAUAUAUCACACAUCCAAGUAAACCAGGCACAGAAGCAGAGGCGUCGUACCUACCGGGCUCAUGGAAGAAUUAACCCUUACAUGUCUUCCCCAUGUCACAUUGAGUUGGUUCUGUCUGAAAAGGAGGAGCCAGUCAAGAAAGAGCCUGAAACCCAGUUGGCAACUAGCAAGUCUAAGAGGUCCCAAGCUCUUCACAGUGGUGCAUCCUCUUGAGUGAUGCAUUAGAUUUGUCAGCAGAGUGCCAAUCAGGGAGGUUAAUGUUGCUUUCUUAUGGGAUCACUUUUUCCUUUCUUUCAAAAUAGAAUGAAUUGUUAUUUAGAUCUAGUGGAGAGCUCUUUUUUGUUUUCAAACUAUGUUCAGUUCAAUAUUCUGUCAAAUUUUCCUGGAGAUUUUGAUCCUAUCUGAGUUUCUAUGGAGUGUUGCGUUUAUGUUGUAUCCCCCUCGUAUAUCAAUCAAUUUGAAGGUGCGGGCUCAACAUCCACAUAA